ACACUCAAAUUCCCAAAAAGCCAAUUUUCGACUUUCACCACCACAAUCAAGAACUCGCAGCAGUAACCCAAAUCCCAAUUUCUCCAAAGAACUCAAAUUCCCAGAAAAAAAGAUAGAACACAAUGAAAGCUGUGAAGGGUCAUCAAGAAGAGGAAGAAGAGGAGGAAGAUGAGAUUAGUAUUAUUAAGAAAGAUGCCACACCUUCUAGUAGUAAUACCAAAGAAACAGAUGGAAAAAGUAAUGAGAAGGCUAAUGCACUAAGGUCUAAACAUUCAGUGACUGAGCAGCGUCGAAGGAGCAAGAUCAAUGAGAGAUUUCAGAUAUUGAGAGAUCUGAUACCCCAUACCGAUCAAAAGCGAGACACUGCGUCAUUCUUGUUGGAGGUAAUUCAGUACGUACAGUAUUUACAGGAGAAGGUACAGAAGUAUGAAGGAUCAUAUCAGCCUUGGAGCUCAGAGCCUACAAAGCUUAUGCCAUGGAGAAACAGUCAUUGGCGCAUGCAAAGUUUACCAGCACAGCCACAUGCCUUGAAGAAUGGUAGUGGUCCAGAAUCAACAUACCUGGGAAGGUUUGAUGAAAAUCUCGCAACUGUUACUUCUACAAUGCAACCAAAUCAGCAGAAUCCAAUUGAAUCUCAUACUAGCAGGGAUGUAUCAUUUAAAGCAAUUGAUCAACAAAAUGAACUAGCUAACAAGUCAAUCACAACACCCAUUCCUCUUCAGGCCAGUAUGCCGAUGCCAGUGCCAAACAAUAGUGCUUUCUCAGAGCCUCAACUCAGACCAGUGUCUGAUCAAUGUCCUAACACAAUUGAUGCUCUGAAUCACGACGAGGAUGAGGAAAUAGAUGGAGGCAGAAUCAGCCUUUCAAGUUCCUACUCGCAGGGGUUUCUAACUUCGUUGUCGCAAGCGCUGCAGAGUACCGGUCUAGAUCUUUCAAAGGCUACUAUCUCAGUGCAGAUUGAUUUUGGGAAGCGUGCAAACCAAGCAAUGACCUCAGGACCAUCUAUUGCGAAGGAUGACGAGAAUCCUACUCUCUCUGGUCAUCAACAUACGGAUCAUUUCAGAGAGGCAAGCAAUGAUGAAGAUUUGAACCAAGCUCAAAAGAGGCUGAAGAUAUAGAUAUUACAAUAGCUUGGUCAUUCCCAGCUAAAUCAACUUAGUUUUGUGUUACCUUAUGCUUCAAUAGAAGUUUAUAUGUAUAUCCCAUUUGUUUUUUCGUCCCCAAAUCAUGUUCAUAGAAAUGCAUCCUUUUUUCUUCUCUUCCCUUUUCA